CCCCUUAUAAAGAUCACAAAGAAUUUCAACCACUACAAAAUUUCCAAGAUAUCCUUUGUUGCAGCAACAAAACCUGCUUUCUUCCUGAAUAAGAAUCCUAUUCCCAAGAUUAAUCUCCAAUCUCAGACCCAUAACUAAUGGCGACUGAAAUGGGAAGCAAUUCAGCAGAAGGGGAAGGAGACCAGCAUGUGGUGAAGAUCUGGGAGAUAAACAAGGAUCGACUGAAUUUGAUGCACCAGAAAAUGGCAAACCCACCAACUAUACUCACCAAAUCAGCUGCCAAAAGCUCCUGCUGCAUCUUUAGGGUACCCCAGAGCUUCAUAGAGAUCAACGGCAAGUCCUACCAACCUCAUAUACUCUCCAUAGGCCCUUACCACCAUGGGGAGCCUCACCUUAUGAUGAUUGAGGAGCACAAAUGGAGAUACUUGGAUUCUUUGCUUUCUAGGAUUCAAUCUAAAGGCCUACACUUGGAGGACCUUUUAAAGGCAGUAGAGGCACUAGAAAUGAAAGCUAGACAAUGCUACUCUGAAACUAUCCGAUUCGGCACAGAUGAACUCGUCGAAAUGAUGGUUCUUGAUGGUUGUUUCAUUAUCGAAUUAUUUCGAAAAGUUGGAGAUGUUGUUCAAGUUGAAGCUGAUGAUCCUCUCUUCACAAUGCAAUGGAUCAUUACUUUUUUCUAUAGGGAUUUACUUAGACUUGAGAAUCAAAUCCCAUACUUUCUUCUCGAAUGUUUAUUUGACUUAUCAAGUAUGUCGGCAGAAGACGAAUCAGGUCCUUCCUUAUCAACCCUCGCUUUGAAUUUCUUCAACUAUGCUCUACAUAGGCCAGAAGACGCCAUUGCCAAGCAUGCAAAUCUAAAAGGUAGGCAUCUUCUUGAUUUAGUUCGAUCAAGUUACAUAGAUGUUGACCAAACCCAACCACCAAAAUACGACACACCAAGCCAUAUAAUUCACUGUGUGUCCAAGCUUCGCCGCGCCGGAAUCCAGCUGACUCAAGGGAAAGAAGAUAGCUUCUUGGUGGUGAAAUUCAAGCAUGGAGUUAUCGAAAUGCCCACGAUAACAAUUGAUGAUACUAUGAGGUCUUUCUUGCUUAACUGCGUAGCUUAUGAGCAAUGCCACAAUGGAAGCUCCAAACACUUGACAACAUAUGCAACAUUACUAGACUGUCUAGUGAACACUUACAAAGAUGUUGAGUAUUUAUGUGAUCAUAAUAUUAUUGAGAAUUACUUUGGAACAGAUGCAGAAGUUGCAAAAUUCAUCAAUAAUCUUGGAAAAGAAGUUGCAUUUGAUAUUGAUAUGAGCUAUUUGGCUGAGUUGUUUAAGGAUGUUAAUCAGUAUUACAAGAAUAGUUGGCAUGUUCAAUGGGCAGGAUUCAAGUAUACUUAUUUUGAUACUCCUUGGUCCUUUAUAUCUGCUUUGGCUGCUCUCAUUCUGCUGCUUCUAACUGUCGCACAGACAUUUUAUACUGUUUAUGGUACUUAUAAAAAAGAACCUUCGUGAUAUU